AAGAUAUUUGCCUUGUCGUGUCGCCUAGCACUUUCCGCUUUCAUUAUUUGCCGUGUAUUUCAAGGUCUGCGUUAUUCCGAGUCUUCGGGUUAUGUAUGCGAGUUGCUUAGCAUUAUCGCUUAGGAUUUUUAUUAUUGCAAUUAUGUCAUUCGAUGGCUGCUCUACACAAUCUCUUGUGCAAGGAGGCCUGAAUGUUUGCACUCGGACUCAGAGUUUUACUGAGUCGUAUUCUCAAGCAGCACAACAAAGUUUUUACCAGCAAAUCAGCAAGCAAUGCCGGGUGCAACAGGGGGGGCCUUGGUUCAGAUAUAAAGUGUGCUACGAACAAAAAGUUGCAUACCGAACAGUGUACAAGCAGCUCUACAGAAAAGCCCAGCGCACCGUGUUGCUGUGUUGUUCUGGAUGGGCCCAAUCUGGUAACAGCUGUCCAACACCUAUUUGCUCGAAGGGAUGUGCCCAGGGAGUAUGUGUUAAGCCUGAUAACUGUACAUGUCAUCCGGGAUAUGAUGGACCAUCAUGUGACCAAGCUUGUACGCUUGGCAGAUGGGACGUGAAUUGUAACAAUACUUGCGAGUGUCAGAACAAUUCCACGUGCGACUCGGUCCAAGGAAUAUGUAACUGCACCUCUGGAUGGCAAGGCGACGCCUGUCAAUUACCAUGCAAGUCAGGUUAUUAUGGUAACAGCUGUAAACAAGUAUGUCAAUGCCAAAACCGCUCAAGGUGCAAUCACGUGACUGGACUCUGUAGAUGUAUCUCUGGCUGGACAGGCAAGCGCUGUGAAAGGCCAUGUGAUUCAGGUUACUAUGGAGACGAAUGCAAGCGUGUAUGUCAAUGCAUGAAUGGUGCCACCUGUGAUCACGUGACGGGAAGGUGCACGUGUUUCGCCGGAUAUAAAGGGAAGCACUGCGACAAACCUUGCGACCCUGGUUACUAUGGAGACAGCUGUAAACGAAAGUGUGACUGUUUGCACGGCACGUGUAAUCACGUGAAUGGCACGUGCAAAUGUGUAGCAGGCUUCACCGGAGCAAGAUGUGAUCAGCGUUGCCCGGUAGGAACGUACGGGUUUGAUUGCGCCAAGGUGUGCGCAUGCGCAGACACAGAGAAGUGUUCAGUUGUUAGCGGGGAAUGCACAUGUAUCGCGGGCUCAUGUAGUAGCAGUUGCCCAUGCGCGGGGAAUGCAACGUGUGAAGAAGGAAAUUGUACUUGCCUACCUGGCUUUACUGGAAGGUCAUGUGACAAGCCUUGUCCGGUUGGUUACUAUGGGGACAGUUGUUUGCAUGAGUGCUCAUGUGGCGAGAAAGAGUCGUGUGACGUUAUCAAUGGGAGCUGUACAUGCGACAGCGUCUGUGAUUCAGAUGCAUCGAAAAGUGAGAAGACCAUUUCCAUACACAACUCGGGGCUCAUGCCUGGACUGGUCAGCGGACUUGCCAUCCUUGUCAUUUUAUGCGUUGCCAUUGGUUAUGUGGUGUACCGGCGUCGAUCACAGCAAAGGGGAGACAAAUACUCAAAUGCAGACAACAGUCUCCCGGAACCGAGGGACUACCGAGGGGACUCAGCCCACAAGGAGGGAAAACCAGUGUAUAUGGAGUUAACCCCAGAAGUAACCAAAGGAACCGGAAGCGGGACACCGGCCAGUGGGCGUAGAUUAUCUAGCCAUUACAUGGGACUUGUAAAUGAAGGCUUUUCACAGUCUAAUUAUCAACCCUUACAGAGAGGCGCUCUCUGUCAUACAGACUCUGCAUUGUACGAUUCUACUCCUGUUAACAUGGAGGACUCGUUGUACAUUAACACAGCAGAGUCGCGCAUGUGUGCUGAGAUAGAGCACCAUGGCACCAAGGCGAACACAGAAUGGGAGUCUCCGAAGCCAGUAGGGGAGAGUCUUGAAACACCAGCUUACCUAGAGCUCACAGGAUCUGAGACCUGUACUCAGGACUACUCGGAGCCUGUAUAUGCAAAUAUAUCACGUGAUAGGCAAGAUACAUACGAGAAUAUGCCGAUUGAGGCGAUCUACGAAAUUGAAUGACUGGGCAAUAAAAGCAUCAUCUAAAAAAUUGAUAAUGACUGGACAUCGACGGUAUGGAAACCCCUUCUUAAGUUCGAACUACUUACGGAGAGUGAGAGCUUACGCACCUCCUUCCCGCUUAUUUACGCAUGCGCUGUAAGCAUCUUCCGCGAGGUGAACGGACGUGUUUUUGCGAGCUACUUGGAUUUCGUCCGUUUGGAAGGUUUGGAGCACCGUAUAGCAUCCGGAGGAGCAUCAAAGCCUUCCAAGUUGUCUCUAAGCUGUUAGAGAAAAAAGGCGGCUUCAAAUAAGAAUAGAACCCAACUUAUUUUCAGUGUUUCGAGUCCAACUGUGCGAUGACUUUCGGUAGUUACCGAGGACUGGUUCUGCAGCUAUAUUGGAAAUCCCGGUUAAACCACAACCAUUCUGCUCCUAUUUAUUUAUACUCCUAUUCGUUACUGUGCUUUUAAGUACAUUAUUGAUUGCUUUA